AUGAUCACUGAGAUCGUGGGCAUCUGCACGGAGAUGGAGCAGCAGAGCGACUCCUCUCCUCUCCCGCCGCCGCUGUUGUGGUUAAAAGCGAGUUCGCCGCGAGCUCAAGCUGCGGCAGCGGCUGUGGACACUCAGCGUUGGCCGGGAGCUACGCGGCUGUCAACGCAAACCAAGCCGGGCGGAGACCCUCAGCUGCCGCUGGCUGAUGUGUCCGACUUCAUCGAAGCUCUGCUGGGCUGCGACGCCAACGCCAACGCCAACGCCAACGCCAACGCCAACGCCAACGCCAACGCCAACGCCAAUGCCAACGCCGGGCGGCGUAGAGAUGAAGCACGAGGUGAAGCAGGAGCCCCUGGGGCUCGAGGAUUGGCUGAAAAGCUUGGUGGGGGAGACCAAGGCGGCUCGCCAUCGGCUGGCCGGCAGGAGCGGGCGAGCGUGAAGACGGAGUCGGGCGGCGAAAGCGCGGGCGGCCUCCACUCCUCCUCCCGCCGCCGGGCGCCUUCCCCUGGCCCACGGUGGAUGCCCACCUGCUGUCCACGCUGCUCAGGGAGCCUUCUCGCCGUCAACCUGGCGGCCGGAGGAGCCCCCAAACGUCACGCGGCGGAGCCAGCCCGCCCGGAGGAGCCCCCAAACACGGGCCAAAGCCGCGCCCGGGCCGAAGCGAAGCCCUUCCCCGAUGCUCGCUUCAGCCGCAGCGAUCACCUGACCACGCACACGCGCAAGACGCACACGGCGGCCGUUCUCCUCCGCGUGUGCGGGGGCGAUUCAGCAGCGCAGCGGCAGCGCCAAGAGGCACGCCGCAGCGCACGCGGAAGCAGCAGCUGCGGCGCGAAUGAUGGCCGCCUACCGCUGGCUCUCAACGCGCCGCUGGCAUCCAUUCAUCAACAGGCUGCUGUUGCCAGGCAACAGAUGUUCCCCAAGAAGGCGUCAGUGGUCAGCCUGCAGGAACACAAACACUGGGCUCCAAAAAGUGUUGCCCUGGUAACUGUCCCGAGUGUGACCAGAGCUGCGGCCGAACUCUGGGGUGUCGCAACCACAAGUGUCCGUCUGGCUGUCACCCAGGCAGCUGCUACCCGUGUCCAGAGUCGGUGGAGGUCAGGUGUACCUGCGGCGCGGCUGUUCUGGCCGUUCCCUGCGGACGAGAACGGAGCACCAAGCCGCCACGCUGCAAAGAGACCUGCAGGUGCCCCCCAUCCUGCCACCACCCGAGCAGAGAGCCCCACCGGUGCCACCCAGGGUCCUGUCCUCCCUGCCGGCAGCCCUGCCUGCUGCCCCUGCCCCGCUGCACACACACCCUGCCCCCAGGCCUGCCACGACCUGGUGCUGGUCAAGGCCCAGCAGGUGCAGUUAGCCGGUCCGUGGGAGCAGCGCUCGGAGCCGGCAUUUGUGCAGAAAGCUCUACCCUGUCCACCGUGUCAAGUCCCGAUACCCACGGCUUGUUUCGGAGAACAUGAGGUCAGCCCCGUGCCGUGUCAUCUCCAGGGUCCCUUCUCCUGCAGACGGCCCUGUGGACGACCUUUGACCUGCGGCAACCACACCUGCAGCGUGGAGUGUCACCUGGUCGCCGGGGGCAACAAGUGUGAGGUGUGUGAUGAGGGAUGCUCUAAGCCCCGCCCCCCCGGCUGCCCUCAUGCCUGCUCCCGCCCCUGUCACCCCGGCAACUGCCCCCCCUGCAGCCAGAUGAUCCGGCAACGCUGCCACUGCAAGAUCAGCAUGCUCUAUGUGGAGUGCACAAAGUUAACAUCAGCUGCUGAACAGACGAAGGUGGAGCUGGGCUCCUGCAACAACCAGUGUCCUAAAGAGCUGAGCUGUGGUCAUCGCUGUAAGCAGGUGUGUCAUCCAGGUGUGUGCGAAGAGAAAUGUCAGCAGAAGGUGAAGCUCAGAUGUCCCUGCAAGAGGCUCAAGAAGGAGUUCCCGUGCUCUCUGUCGGAUCAGUGUGUGGUUCAGUGUGACGAAGCCUGCAGAGACCAGCAGAGGAAAGUCAGCCAGGUGAAGGAGGCCGAGCAGAGAGCAGCUCAGGAGGAGGAGCAGAAGAAACUUCAGGAGGAGCUGGAGGCGUUCGAGAAGCGCCAGCAGCGUGGUGGGGGUCGGAGGAGUAAGAAGCGAGGGAGGAGGGAGGAGGUGGAGGAGGAGGGGGGGGGGGGGAGAUGGUGGAGGAGGUGUGGCGUCCUGGUCCUCGUCCCGCUGGGAGGAGCGCUGCUGUCGGCCGCCGCCUUCUACCUCCUGAACACGGCCUGA